GGCUGUGCCGCGUCCGUGCCUGGGAACGAGCAGAGGAGCUGGGACGGGCAGGGUGCAGAGCUGGGCAGGAGAGCAGGUGGAAAAGGGCUGGAGCAGAGCUCCAUCAGCCCAGUGGAGAAGGGACAGAGCAGCUGGGAUGCACAGUGAGCUGCUCAAGCAAGCCGUGGGAUGGACUGGCCCUUGCUGUCCUCCGGCUGGGCUCCUCUGGAGCCAGAUGAACCUGGUAGGAGGGGGGGAUGGCUGGGCUGCAGGGAGUGCAACCGAGGUCCUGCUUCAUCCCUGGCUGGGACACAGCUCAGCGGCCCUGCCGGGUUACAAAGAGCAGUGCCUUUGGCUGGAAUAAAGGACACCUCCUCCUUGAAGAGCAUCCCCACGGCACAGCACAGUCUCUCCCACCACCACUAUCCAUUCUUGGCUCCAGCUCUGCUCCACCUGCCCGGGGACAAGCAGCCUUCCUCCCUCUGGCUCUGCUCUGGCUCUCCAUACUGGAUUUGCUGCUUCUGCACCCACAUGGCUGCUCAUGUGCCUGGGGGCCAAGGAGGACGAGUUGUGUGGUGGGGUGAUGAUGGCACCCCAGUCCCAGGAUGCACACAGCCUGUGGGCAGCUCACACCACACAGCUCAGGUCCCGUGAGUUUAGGAACAGUGAGUAAGAGCAGCACCCUUGGUUCCAGCUCUGUCUCUGUGCUCUCUGUGCAAACAGAGAGCUGGGCUUGGCCUCAGCAAUAGGCAGCAGUUCUGCUCCCCAGCCUGGCACUGCUGCCAGCAGAUGUCAGAUCGGAGGCCACCAGAAUUCCUGGCAUCCUGCACCCAGUCAGGACCUGUGCUGGGUUUUGCACUGCUGCAUCCCUCUCAGCCCCAGCACCCUGAGCAGGUUUGCAGGGAAAGCUCUGCUCGCUCCUUGGGAAUAAGCAGUGUGGGGACACUGGCAUGUUGGCAAAGAGAACAGCAGGGUCUGUCAGCACAGGGAUGACCUAUGGCUGCUCAAAAGCAAGAAAAUCUGUGAGCUCAAGGCCGUGCAAUGGGCAGAAGAAAGCCCAAGAGCUCUGAGGAACGCGGUGCUGGCAGGGCUCCAUGCUGGGCACUGGGCACAGUUUUGCUGAGCAGGGGGCACUGAGAGACCCCAACUCCAGCUCAGAGUGCUCCAGGUGCUGCCGGAGGACUUUCCCUCCUCUCCCACCGCAGGUUGCCAGGUAACACAACCCGCCAGCACAGCACUGGGGGACGGGAAAGGCUGUCACCACUCAGCAUCUCAUGGCUGCAGACAGAGGUGCGUGUUGGCAGAGGAGUCGUCCCCUCACUUCUGCACCCAGCAAUGGCAGGAAGGUGACUGGGGCUGGAAGACUGGAAAUCAGCAGUGUUCCCUGCUUGGAUCUCAAAUAACUCAACGUUUCCCUCUUCCCAGCAGCUGUCCUGUCCUUCUGCAUCUGUGCUCGCGGAGUCCCAGCUGUCCCCGUAGGGCUGCCAGUGAUGUGCAUCUCUGCUUCCUUCUCCCACUGCCCCAUCCUGUGGGGAGAACUGCCCCGGGGCUGAGCACCACGUGAAAAAACGCAGAGCAGCCCUUGGGCUGUGUGGGGCAGCCGUGCCCCCCCACCUCCCCGGCUGCCGCAGCCGUGGUCACCUUAAUGCAAAUGGUUGCGGGAGCGUGAAUGAAGGGUGCUUGAAGGAAGGUGUCACUCCAGAUAGAUGUGCACGGGAGGGGACAGGGCUUGGGAAAUCUUUGCAGAUGCAGCAAUUUUCUCCUCAUUCCUGAAGAAAGUAGUCUUUGUCUCUCCAAAUAGGCGGCUUUCUGGCAGCGCUGCUAUUCCCUGUGACAGCUGCACCCGGGUCAGGGGAAAAUCACCGCCCGUGUCCCGCAGGUGUAAUGAGAAGGGGCCGGAGCUGAUGGGUGGGUGGCAGCUCACACCCUCCGUGCUGAUGGCUUUGCAAGAAUGGCACUCACUGCACCCUGAGCAGCUCCUGCAGGCUGAGCAAUCGCUCCUGCUCCUCCAUUGGGCCACAAUGGGAUAGGAUCACCCCAGAGAAGGGAGAAGCCCCACUGGGAACAAUCCCCAUUGCUGCUCAGCGGGGCUCCAGCUUCCCCACACCUCUGGGGACAUCCCCCUCUCUCCCUUUGCUUUCCCUGCUGUCCACACUGCAGGGCACAGCACGGGGAUUCUCCCUUUCCCUCCCUGCAUUCCCACACUCCCAGGGCAGUGGGGAGCCCACCUGCACCUCCUGGGGCUGCUGUUGCUCACACUGAGCAUUAUGCCUUCAAUAAAACAUACACAUGGCCACAUGCUGCUCUGCUCACCCUCUUAUUAUUAUUUCACACCUGUGGCUCCCAGGCGGUUUCAGCAGCUUUGCUGGCUGAGCUCACCCAUGCCCUGUUGGAACCACAGGUUUCCCUGCUGUUCCCAUGCUCCCUCCUGCAGCAGUACGCCAGGGUGCAGUGUGACCUCCCUCAUUGCCAGAGCUGGAGCAGAGGAGCAAACCUAACCCAAAACCCCACAUCCUGGCCUUUCCAGAGUCCCCUGGGCACAAGGAUUGUCUUCUGGCAUAGUUUUUUGGGUCUGCCCCAAAUGAGGGCAUGAAGACAAAGCCACCCUCCAGGCUCCACAUAGGGACUAAAGCUGUGAUGGACGUCUCUGCUUCCACUUCCUUUUGCUCCAUCCAUGGGCAGAAGUCCUCGGGGGAUGAGCUUCAUUCUCCAUCCCAUUGCCAUGGCUGAUCCCAGUCUUCUUGAGGGGUUGAACCCACCUCGUGGUGGAAGGGCACUGGGAUGGGUCCAUCUGGAUGGGUCCUAAUGGCCCCUCAUGGCGAUGGGUCCACCUGGAUGGCUCCUGGUGGCACCUUGUGGUGAUGAGUCCAUCUAGACGGCUCCCAGUUGCACCUUGAGUGGGUUCUGAUGGCCCCUCGUGGUGAUGGGUCCGUCUGGAUGGGUCCCGACAUCCCCUCUCUCUGUGUCCCCAGAGGAUGAGCUGUGGCUACGUGCUGUGCACCGUCCUGCUCUCGGUGGCCGUCCUCUUGGCAGUGACAGUGACAGGGGCCAUCCUCUUCAUGAACCACUACCACACACCCGUCACCGAGCCUCCCCCAGUCAUCAGCACCAACCCCGAGGAGGCCAACGCGUUGGUGACCAUCGAGAAAGCCGACAGCUCCCGCAUCAACAUCUUCAUAGAUCCCAACUGCCCCGACCCGGCGGGCAGUGUCGGGCGCCUGGAGGGGCUGCAGGGCUCCCUGCUGCGCGCCCUCGCCGAGCACGAUGCUGAGGCCAAGGCCACCAAGGGCCAGCAGAAGGCCCUGCUGCUUGGUGUGGCCGACGAGGUGGCCAAGCUGGUGACACAUGCAGCGCAACUGCGAGCUGACUGCGACGGCCUCAAGAAGGGGCACAGUGCUAUGGGGCAGGAGCUCAGCGCCCUGCAGGGCGAGCAGGGCAGGCUCAUCCAGCUCCUCUCAGAGAGCCAGACCAACAUGGCCCGGCUGGUGAGCUCAGUCAGUGAUGUGCUGGACACGCUGCAGAAGGAGCGUGGCAGCGUCCGGCCCCGGCUCAAGGCUGACCUGCAGCGAGCCCCGGCACGGGGAGCACGGCCUCGGGGCUGCUCCAAUGGCUCCCGGCCCCGGGACUGCUUUGACAUCUAUGUGAGCGGACAGCAAGAGGAUGGGAUUUACUCCAUCUUCCCCACACAUUACCCCUCGGGCUUCCAGGUCUACUGCGACAUGACGACCGACGGGGGCGGCUGGACGGUGUUCCAGCGACGGGAGGACGGCUCUGUGAACUUCUUCCGUGGUUGGGAAGCGUACCGGGAUGGCUUUGGGAAGCUGACAGGAGAGCACUGGUUAGGGCUGAAGCGGAUCCACGUGCUGACGGUGCAGGGCAGCUACGAGCUGCGCGUUGACCUGGAGUACUUCGACAACGGCACCGCCUUCGCACAUUAUGGCAGCUUUGGUGUGGGACUCUUCUCUGUUGACCCCGAGGAGGACGGGUACCCCAUCUCCAUCGCUGACUACUCGGGGACAGCAGGAGAUUCUUUCCUGAAGCACAACGGGAUGAAGUUCACCACCAAGGACCUGGAUAACGACCACUCAGAGAACAACUGUGCGGCGUUCUACCACGGCGCCUGGUGGUACCGCAACUGCCACACCUCCAACCUCAACGGGCAGUACCUCAAGGGCCACCACAGCUCCUACGCCGAUGGCAUCGAGUGGUCCUCCUGGACCGGCUGGCAGUACUCCCUCAAGUUCACUGAGAUGAAGAUCCGGCCCGUCCGGGAGGAGAAUUAGCGGAUGGACCGAGCCCUUCCCUGACCCCUGCCCUUCCCACUGCCCCAUGGUUCCUCUCUUCCUGGUGCACCCCAUGCCACCAUCCUGCCCUGGGGUCCUGUGGGAGCAUCUCCCCACUGGGGACGAUGGCUUUGUCCUGACCCCAUGCCCUCUGCUCCCCACUGGGAUGGGUGUCCCCUCCCUGGGCCACGCUCGAUGCUUGCGGUGCAGUGGGGAUUUGGGGAGCAGUGCAUAAGGAGGGGAGGGGGCUGAGGGGCUGGAGACCAUUUCUGGGGCACAGAGCCCCCACGGUGCUACUGAGGACAGGGAGGGCUCUGCUGGGUCGGUGCUCACACGAGUGCCGGUGGUUCCUUCUCUGUCUGCGAACAUUCUCCUCUCUGUCUUCAAAGAGGACCCAAAGCACAGUGAGAUCACAGGUUCAUUCCUACAGACCUCACUGCCCCUGCUCGCGGAGCUGCACAGCACAUGGGCACAGCACUGCAGGGAUGGAUGCCCACAGCCAAGCAUGGCACAAAGCUGUGUGGUGGCAUCAGCAAAGCAGAGAGCAGGAGGAAGAGGAGGAAGCAGGGAAGGCUCAACCCCCAGUACAGCUCUGCCUUCCCUGCACAGCUCCUGCCCCAGACACACGAUGGGUUUUCUCCAUCCAGAAGCUGUGACCUUGCCCUGUGUUUCAGCAGCACCCCCACAGACCCCCCGCCCGGCAACCUGCAUUCAUUUCCAUCCCCGAUGAGCCACGCUCCAGCUCUGGCUCUGCACCUGCAGAUAUUCAAAGCCUUUCGUUUCUUCAAAUCCCAUUAAGGUUUUGCAAAAAGCAGCCCUGAGUGGGGCUUAGCAUCUGCAGGGCGCUGAUAACAGGGCUGCAUCCUCAGCCCACCAGGCACUGUGCUGUGCAGUCCCAGCCCUAUAGGAAUGGGAGAGGCUCCUACAAGGACUCCAAUGGGAGCUUUUGUCCAAAAAAAACAAUAAAGCUGGUGUGAGGGGAGGGGAAGCUGGGGCCCCCUGCACCUUUGCAUCAUUUCCCGCAGCACUGAGGAUACAGCCCCACAACAGACCCCAACCCUAUGGAGAACUUCUGGAGCGCCCUGAGGAGGGGAGGACAGACCCAGAGCUGUGCUGUGCGGGGACCCAAAGCACAGUGAGAUCAAAGGUUCAUUCCUGCAGCCACAGCUCUGCACUUCUCUACGUGCUCCUUUUUUUUAAGCCUUCCCCUGCUCUCAUUCCACACUGGAUGAACGCUUCCUCCUGCGGGCGAUUCUCCAUCCCUCUGCCCUAUGGAGACUGGGGACACACGAUGUGCUGGGACCACCCUGAGCCAGAGACAUUGCACUGCUCACAUCCAACCAAAUCCACUGGGGGGGCUCCACACCCCGCAAAGGGCAGAGUCUGCAGGGCCGUGCCCACCUUUGCUGUUACUCACUGAUUUCGGUGGGUCAGACAUAGCCGGUUCGUACAGCAUUCGCCUUCGGGAGGAAGGACCCAGAGCCCAUGUGCGGGGUCCUUGUGGUCCCAAGCUCUGGAUGGACAGGAAUGGGGUGUUGUAGUGUGUUGGUAGCACUUCCCUGUGUCCUGCCCGUCCCACCCAGGACUCCCAAAUGAGUUUGUUUUGCAUUGCACGAGAGGUAUUCCAUACAACCCGAGAUGAUGGAUUUUCCAGGAUGAGUGCUGGGAGUGCACAUGGCACUCAGUAACCCCAGGCUGGGAUGAACCCACUCCCAGUGCCACCUCCCCGGGUGGCCAUGGGGACAUCGGGGACGGCACAGCUGCAGUCUGGUGCUGGGGACAAAAGGGGAGGUGUGUGGCUCCAGGGCUGGAGCACAGCCAUGUCCCCCCCCGCGGCCGUCGCGUCGUGUUGCUGUGCCAUGAGGUCUCCAUUGUGUGUGAGUGGUGUCCAGCGCUGUCCAUGUGGACUUUCUGAACUCCUUAAUAAAAGGAACUCA